AUGGGAAGUAAUUGUUGCACUGAUAGAUUGGAGGAUGAGCAGGAGAAUGGACUUGUGGUGGGUAGAAAGAGGCAUGGAGUUACCAAGAUGCCACAAGAGUUUGAUAGAGAGUUUUUGGAAAUCAGUUUUGGAGACGACAGUGAUGAUCAAGACAGUAAAGGCUCCUUUUUAAGUCCUUCAAAUGGAAAUAUUCCAAAAAUACGGAGAAAUAAAAGUUACAUUACGAUAUCAAGCCCUUUAGCUCAGGCAAUGGGUGAAGGCAAUGGCAAGCUGCAGAAUUCCAAAAUAGAUUGAAGCAGAGACAAAUUGUUCAGAACCGGAGUAGAGUCUCAAAAUUUCACUAACUCAACAUUUAUGGGCUUAGUCUUACCUACAAGUUCAACAAACAACCCUAAAUCAUCUGAUGGGGAGGACAGAAUUGCUCCUUUCAUGGAAGAGCUGCAGAACACCUAUACAUCAAUGAGGCUCCAGAAAAGGAAGAAGAUGAAGAUCUUGGAAAAAAUCAAGAAGAGCAACUCCCGCAAAAGAUUUAUGUAUCAAAGAGAUAUCAACCAGGAGAUUAGGUGUACUUCUUUGGACUAACUUAAGCUUAUUUUUAAAACGGUUUUUAAA